CACACUAUACAUCUAAAUUUUGUGAGUUCCAUGCCAGUAUUGCUUUAUCAAACACCACCACCAACUUUAUGCAAUGAGUUUAUUUUCUACACAUAUCGAUCAAAGUAUAAGGCAUACAUACAUAAAUAUAAUACAUUCUACAUACAACGUUUGUUAAACUACAUUGCCUUUGUUGAAGUAUAGUGUUUGUUUCAACGAGUGCAAACAGCACACGUCAGUUCUUUCUCUGCAUCAUAAGGAGGGCAGGAGAAUCCAUUGCAGUAUAUCUCAUUCACGUCAAAGAAGGACCUUGGGUUACUCUCAGCAUUCAGUCCAGGAACUGACUCAGGGUCUUUGUCAACACACUCAUACAUUGUACGACCACCAUUGUUAUAAUGGUUGGACAUGAGGUAACCAUAGUACUCUCUGGUCCAGCCUGCAUGACACUGGGUCUUGGCAGGAACCAUCAGUACACUGCCUCUGGUGGCUACGUAGCACACUGCACAGGGGACAUUGUGGUGGUUGGACUGAGACAGAGAUGGCAUUGUAGCGAAAUAAUACUCGACCGGAGCCACGAAAUUCUUGUUAGUCACUCCACUGAUGUACUGGAGAUAGUCAGGAUCAUCUGGCAUGCAGAGAUGGUUGGCUGCCCCUCCAUUGUGGUCAUAUCUUGUCCCCCCAGCUCUUCCAGAGUAAACCAGCUGUGUUCCCUGGCCGGUCGGACAGGUGGUGUUUCCCCAGCGAGUGUAGACAGCUCCUCCAACUGGCAGACCUUGGGCUCCCUGUUCUCCCUGACGACCUCUUAGCCCAGGGUCUCCCCUCAUUCCCUUCUCCCCCCUCUCUCCCCUCUCACCUCUCUCCCCCACUGCCCCCCGGGGACCAGAUAUUCCAAUUGGCCCCUGAAUACCAGGAGCCCCCAUCUCUCCCUGGGGUCCAAGGAGACCAAUACCCCCGACCUCUCCCUUUUCUCCCUUUGCUCCAUCUCUCCCAUCUCUCCCAUCCCUUCCCCUCAGUAGGUGAAACUGCGGAC